AUGUAUUAAGAAAGAUACCAAAUAAAUGUAGAGACUUAAGAUGUUCUAUAGUGGAUCAUAACUAUUAGUAUUUAUGGUGACACAAAUGAUAUAUAAAGCUUGGUGCAUUAUAGUAAUGUUCUGAAAAAUUUAUGUUAUGGAAUUGGACAAAGAAUAAAUAUUACACACAACUCAAGGAUGAAAUUUAAUAUUAUAGCGUAAUAUUUAUAGAGAAGCUAUUUAGGAGAAAGUAAAUUAUCUGUGCCAUCAUUACAACAAAGUUGGAUGAGAUAUAAACAACUUUUACAUGGCCUUUAGACAGGUGGCACCAUUGUUGGGUAAAAAUACUUGUUUAUCAGAAGCCCCUAGCUUGCGAUUACCAUAAACAGAUAAUGCAAGGUUAGUCAUAAGGAAAUUUAGGAUUGCAUGCGCUUGAAUCAUCCAGGAUUAUGUUUGUAUAACACAUAGUGCCUGCAGAAAAGAAUUGCCAUGAGCAUGAAAAAUUGGGAGCGUAGCAUAAAUAAUCAGAUUUUGUCAUCACUUCCUGGAUGUGUCACAUAUUGUUGAGCAAAUUCCUUCAUCCGAACCAUCUUUAUAUAAUUCACAUACUGUGCAAUUCUAGCAAGAAAAAUUUUAAUCAAUUUAGAUGCUAGGAAAGGCAUCAAAUCAUGUUUAGUUAUUUUUUGAACUCUUCUUUUAUUGAUAAUAACAAUAUGACAGUUGAUCUCCGAUCUUAAUAAUUAUUGCUUAAAACCACUAAGGUUCUCAGUUAGAAGUAAAUUAAUAUUGCAAAUAAGCGUUAAGAUAUUGGAAAUAUUUUAAUUAUAGGCUUCGGAGCUAUUAGCAUACUGUUGUUCUUAUUUAGAUAACCAUUCCAAUGUUUUGAAAUGUUAUAAGAUUUAAAUUGA